AACGUUAGUUUCUAGUGAGCCUCCAUUGCGUUCUGUUCGAUAAAAUCACGGUUCGCAACUAUUCGGAAGCCGAAAAGUGCCUUGUUCCCUUUAAAAUAAAUAAAGUAUUCAUAUAAAAUACGAGUAGACUGAUAAUGGCGGACGACGGACACGAAAACGGAACCGCAAACGGUGAAGUGCCAGAAAUCGAGCUGAUCAUCAAGGCAUCUACGAUCGAUGGUCGCAGAAAGGGAGCAUGCCUCUUCUGCCAGGAGUAUUUCAUGGACUUGUACCUCUUGGCGGAACUCAAAACAAUUUCAUUAAAAGUGACGACCGUUGAUAUGCAGAAACCACCUCCAGACUUUCGCACAAAUUUUCAAGCAACUCCACCACCAAUUUUAAUAGACAACGGCGAUGCGAUUCUAGAAAACGAAAAGAUCGAAAGACAUAUUAUGAAGAACGUACCCGGUGGUCACAACCUUUUCGUUCAAGAUAAAGAGGUAGCUACGCUGGUCGAGAACCUCUUCAGUAAAUUGAAGCUGAUGCUUUUGAACGCUAAAGACAAGGAUAAGGACCCCAAGUAUUCAUCUCUGAUGGCGCAUCUGCGCAAAAUUGACGAGCAUCUAGGCCGCAAAGGAACGCGUUUCCUCACCGGCGAUACUAUGUGCUGUUUUGACUGCGAAUUGAUGCCUCGUCUACAACAUAUCAGGGUCGCCGGCAAGUAUUUUGCGGACUUUGAGAUACCCGAAACCCUCGUACAUCUGUGGAGAUACAUGCAUCACAUGUACAGGCUCGACGCCUUCCUACAAAGCUGCCCCGCAGAUCAGGACAUCAUCAACCACUACAAGCUUCAGCAGAGCAUGAAGAUGAAGAAGCAUGAGGAGUUGGAGACUCCGACAUUCACAACAAGCAUCCCAAUCGAGGUUAACGAUGAUUAAGAUCAGGACUGGCUUUGUCAGCCCCAGAUCCAGAACCUCACCAUCCUAAUUCACGCUAGGCGUCGACCUCUGAGUCUUGGAGAAAGCAAUAACUUCUUUGGCGCAAAGUUUUAUAAUUAAUUGAGAGUACUGUCUAAACGAAGACUCAAUUUCAUAGCUUGUUGUGGUCAAUUUAAGCAGCAACCACGUAUAGUAUAUGCCCUAAAUUCCCCGAGAACAUAAGCUUACUUUUUUAUAGACAGAGAGACUUAUUUUGAUAUACUAUUUUGUAAUAUUUGUCAGUAGCUUUGCAAUGUUUCGAGAAUACUGUCAAGUCGACGCCGUUUUACCUAAUCAAUAUACAUAAUGCUAAAUAUUAAAUAAUUUUAUUCAAUUAGAACCUUUUCGUCAUUUGUGCAAUUCGAAGUUGACUCGACGAGGCAUACAAUUAUAGCUCACUCGUCCUCUGAUGGACACAAAAAUCAAAAAUAACUUUUUUUUUUUUUUUCUUUUGUUUAUACGAAUCUCGUACGAUUCGUAGAUUUGUCCACCGCUGUCAAAGAUAAUGGUGUUAUUUGGUUAAUUUUUUAUCAAAUUUCAACAGCGCAGUGUUUCGGUAUUAUUGAUUAUACAUAUAGAACUCGGUCCGGUUCUCACUUUGUAACUUUGGGUGCGAAUCAUGAGCAGCACCCGCAAUUAAAAUCACUGCGUUACAAACUCUCAACCAUAUCGACAUGGUUAUACCGCACGUGUUUGCACAGAGAGGUACUCUGCGAUCGAGCAAUUUUGUGACAUUUCCAUUCGUUCUUUUUGGCUUUGAAGUUACUUAUUAGUUACUAGUUAAUAACUUAUGUCAUUCAUGUGCCGUUGAUGUAAAUUCGGUAAUGGAAACAAGGCUGUACAUAAAGCACCAUGCUUCGUUAUUGUUAUAUCAGCAUAAUUUAACAUUAUCAUCUUUAUAUCAAACGUUAAGUAAGAAAAUUAUCAUUGUAUUACGAUAGUUAUACUUUUGCGCCUUUAAUUACUGCGGCUUUUGCCAAACGGCUUCGUUGAUUACAUUCUUAAUAUGAAUUGUAUAUGUAUUUUCUUCCCAUGAUCAAAACGGAAAUUUUUUCACUCCGAAAUCAUUACGCGAGUUCAGCAAAUUUUACCACCUCCUUCACGUUUUAUCUGUAAUCUUUACUCCAUGGACGAUAGUCUAUACCGACGUUUAAAUUGUCCCAUAAUAUGGAGAAUUAAUGAUUUCUUUUCAAUAUCGAUUAUCACCAUCUUACAACAAUCAUGACAACACAUGACUGUAACAUAUCGAUGAAAUGUCAUCGUCCUAACCCCGAUAUCUCUUGAUAAUUGUUUUCCCCAAUCGCUCUUGUUGUAUACCCAAUUAACGAUAAAUCAUGAAUAAAUCAACUAUUAUUAUUCGGUACAAUUAUUAUACACUGACUUAUAUACAUAUACUUGAUUACACUAUGGUUUAUAUUUGUAGAAAUCAAUAUACCAGUGUUUACAGUAAAA